CAUUCAACGGAAUUCCCGAAGGGGCAAGCAACUAACAUUCAACAAGCUUUCGAAAUCCGAAUUCCCGAAGGUGCAAGUAAAAAAUCCAUCAUGACAGGAGACUCCAUCCUUUAUUCCCAGCACCUCCUAGAACACCGGGAAACUCUUCCAACCACCACCGCUGCCACCGCCACCAAAAAUUCCAAAAAGCUAUCUAUCAUCCCCCUCAUCUUCCUCAUCUACUUCGAGGUUUCCGGUGGAGCAUAUGGUGAGGAGGCAGCGGUGGGUGCCGCUGGGCCCCUUUGGGCCAUAUCGGGCUUCCUUAUUUUCCCUUUCGUAUGGAGCAUACCUGAGGCCUUGAUCACAGCUGAGCUUGCCACUGCGUUCCCUGGUAACGGCGGCUACGUCAUCUGGGCUCACCAGGCUUUUGGGCCAUUCUGGGGUUCACUUAUGGGUUCCUGGAAAUUCCUCAGUGGGGUGAUCAACCUAGCCUCAUAUCCAGUUCUUUGCGUCGACUAUAUCAAGUUAGUUAUUCCACUUUUCUCUUCGGGGGUGCCUCGCUAUGUUGCAAUACUGUUUUCAACUUUUGUUUUGUCUUUCUUGAACUAUACAGGUUUGGUUAUAGUUGGUUACACUGCAGUCUGUUUAGGUGUCAUUUCACUUCUACCAUUCAUAUUAUUAACUUUGAUUUCAAUUCCCAAGAUUGAACCCAGUAGGUGGAUUAGUUUGGGUCAGAAAGGAGUAGAAAAAGAUUGGUCAUUGUUUUUCAAUACCCUUUUCUGGAACCUGAACUUCUGGGACAAUGCCAGUACAUUAGCAGGUGAAGUUGAGCAACCCCAAAAGACAUUCCCCAAAGCCCUUUUCUCGGCUGGGUUGCUCACUUGUUUAGCUUACUUGGUACCUCUUUUAGCUGCUACCGGGGCAAUACCAUUAGAGCAAGAGAAUUGGGUUGAUGGGUAUUUUGCUGAUAUAGCGGAAAUCAUUGCAGGAAAAUGGUUAAAGAUCUUUCUUGAAAUUGGUGCAGUUUUAUCAAUUAUUGGACUCUAUGAAGCACAGUUGAGCAGUUGUGUAUAUCAGCUUCUAGGAAUGGCUGAUUUAGGAUUUUUACCUCAAUGUUUCUCUGUAAGAUCAAAGUGGUUUAAUACACCUUGGCUUGGAAUUCUGGUCUCAACUUUGAUAACUGCUGCAGCUUCAUAUAUGAAUUUUGCAGACUUAAUUUCUUCUGCUAAUUUCUUAUAUAGUUUAGGGAUGUUACUAGAAUUUGCAUCAUUCCUUUGGUUGAGGAGAAAAUUGCCAACGAUCAAAAGGCCGUUUAAAGUGCCAAUGGAGUUGCCUGGUUUGAUAGUAAUGUGCUUGAUUCCAUCUGUGUUUUUGGUCUAUGUUAUGUCAGUGGCUACUGGAACUGUGUUUUUGGUGAGUUGUAUACUAACUGCUUUUACCAUUGUAUGGUACUUUGUAAUGAAUUUCUGCAAAUCCAAGAAGUGGAUCGAGUUUAAUAAUGAUGGGCAAAAUUUGAAGGAUGAGGAUUUGGAGUAGAGUACUGAUUAUGACUUGUCUGCUGCUAUUCCUUUUCAUAUGUGAAAAUUAGUUUGAAAAAUAAUUGUAUAAGAAUAUGAUUAGAUCUUUGUUGCUAAAAGUGAAUUAAUGUGAAAUGAGAUUGUUAAAAACUUAGUUGGUUUCAUGAGAUUGUGUAUGUUCAGAUAGAAAUAAAAUGUUUUAACUUGAUGGUGAAGAUUCAAACCGUAGAUGUGAUUGCCAGUUCUGGAGUCCCGUCGAAAUCUAUGGUCAUCGAAUGCAAAUAACAAGUUAUGUUGUUGCCAAGUAAAAGGUUUUCUUUUUACAUAGCGGGUAUCUCACUUUUUAUUCAAGUGUUAUAUCUUUCAUUGGUAUAGCCGUUCAAAAUUUUACUUCCACAAUAUUUUUCAUAAAUAUCGAUUUCAUAUCGAGGAAACUGACAAGAAAAUAGAACUCUUCUCCAAAUCAUUUGAGCUAACUCUUGUGAGUCAUCCGUAUAAAUUGAAAGUGCAGCAAAAUACAACAAAAUUACUUGUUAAGUACGCAAGCAAGAAAUCUCCUCACCUAAAUUUUUUCAUGACAAUGAGAGAAGAAUAAAUAUAUGGAGCGGGAUGAAUUAAAAGUACUCACCUACACGUGGACCAUGUAUGGUGGAUAUUUCGGCUUUCUUUAAGCCACUGGAUCCCAAAGAAUUUAAAUUCGUGACGCAUCAAAAAGCCGAGAACAUGGAAGUCCAUUA